AGGGAACCUUAUCGAUUCAUACAUAAAAGGAGAAAUGAGGAAGGAAGCGUUUCGACGCAUGAAGCGGACCAUGCCCUGCACUUACCGGUUGGCCUCGAAAGAGGAAAUGGAGAUUCUUGAGUCUAGAGAGACUGCACGCCAGACAAUUUUUAGUAGGCUUGAUGUUAGUAAGGGCAAGACCAAAAAGGAGAAGGAUGUGCGAAGAGUCUUAAGCUCGAGGAGCGGUUUAAAGGCAUUUGGAGGCCAACUUAUGAGACAGGGUCUCGACAUGGAAAGAGUUUGGCCUGGCGUGCCGAAGAUGUUUCUGCUCGGUGGACACGAUGGGAGAAGGGACGUGGCUCCUUUGGAGGCGUCUCUGUCAGCAUUACGUACGGAGAAGCCGUCAUUGUCCCACCUUCAUACGGCCUCUGCAGGAACGCGUUCCGUCUUGAACAGGCCCAUCCUCCGAAGAGGAACGUCACCAACGGUCCCUCAAGCACAAAAGAUUAAGAAGGGAAACCAACCUCGAGUCGCGCCCGUUGUCAGUGCGGCGAAGGCGCAACAAGAGGCGCCGGUAGUAAUUGUGGAAGAAGACUUGGACACGGAAGAUGAGAAAUUAAAGGCGGAGGACGAGCGUCAGGCAAGGUUACACGCCCAAAAACGAGGUCUAGAUGAGAAUCAAGAUAAGAAAAAGGAUGAGGGAGAAGAGGAAGAGCACCAGAAGAAGAAGAACUGGUACACAAUUUCGAUUGAGGAAGGGAUCGACAUUGAGAAAAUGGUGGAUCGGAUACUUGAGAGCCAUCAAGAUUUGGUAACACUCAAGGAAUUUUUGGCAGCCUCGCCAAAGAUUCGGGAAGAGCUUAAGCAAAGACUAACUCGACGAAAAGUGAUGACGGUUAAACUAGGGGAGUUAAUCCCACCUGAGGCAAAUUGGACUCCUGCGGGAGCAAAAAUGGAUUGGAGGUGUGUAGCGACUCGGCACGUAAUGGUCAAGAUAGGUGUUUCACAACAUCUUGCGCUCGUUGACACCGGAGCAGAGAUGAACAUACUAAGGGAAAAAGAGGCGCUAGAGUUAGGAGUUGAGAUUGAUCGCACUGAUAAUGGAUUUCUGGUUGGCGCCGAAGGGUCGACACCCUUCUGUGGAACUGCCAGUAACGUCAAUAUACAUAUCGGCAAGGUUAAGGGAGGGAAAGAGGAAGUGAAGCUACAGUUCGAGAUGGCAUCGAGCUCUCGCCAAGACAAGGUUCAGAAGAUGGUGCGGACCGCGAUUGCUCGCUUAUCCGAGAGGUUGGCAACUCAAGAGAAGGAAGUUCCUUUGUUCAUGGGGGAUAAUGUGGAAGAGUUCAUUGAUCUUUUCACGAAACUCACUAACAAGGAACGAUGGACUGAGGAUCAGAUAAGAGACCAAGUAGCUUGGUACUCGAACGAAUACUGGAGACCUGUUGUUGCUAUUUUUGCAGAGGCGUCAGGAAACUGGGUCGAAUUCGUUGCGGUCAUAAGAGAUACCUUUAACUUUGGAAAACGACGGAAGUUAGUUCGUCCUGGCCUCCAUCGCUUAUCGUGUCGAGGCUUGGACAAGCGAGUGAGUCGGCUAGCCGGAGAAAUGGGGGCGAGGGUGACAGACAACACGGGUGCCGCGAGCAGUGCUGCCUCGAGCAGUUCGCGUCGAAGGGUCGCGACGGUCGCCACCAUCAUGCUGUUUGUAAGCAAGAUGGAGGCAAGGGCGUCUGCUGUAGCCGUGGGAGGAUUUAGGCAAGGAUGGGCGAGAGUCGGCCGCAUAGUCUUCCAUCUCGUGGACAUCUUCCCGACCGAGGUGGAGCUAAGGGAAGACCAAGGAACCCUUGAGGACCCGCCAAGGAUUUACACUUUUGUGACGACGGCCAUGAAGCUGGUACUAAGCGUUUGCGUCUGCCCCCUAAGGAAGACGCAUUGGUUCGACGCCGGGAUCGUCUACGACGUCGUGAACAAGUCUAUCCACCGCAAGUUUGAGGACGAGAUCAUGUGGUUGUCCCUGCGCAUUAUAUGGAACCACCACGCUCGGCAGGGGCCAUUCAUAUACAUCGAGCAUUACGAUCGUGUGGGACCGUAUGGUGUCGGAUUCCGAGUCGCGGAGAGAUGUGACGAUGAGGCGCUCCAGCGGCAGGAGGAGAAUUUGCUAAAACUCUUUCACAUUUGAUGAUGGAGCUUUGUGAUGCAGGAUGGCUGGAGCUCGACGCGACUUGACGAUCCCCAUGUAUCUCCUGAUUCGAGAUACAAACGAUGCAGACCGCAUC